AGAGUUUUGCAAUUCUUAUUCAGUUAGUCUUCUUAUUUGGUAAUUAGACUGAAAAAAAAAUGUGAUUUGAUGUAUUCAAUAAGAUUUGAAGUGGUAAUGAAUCAUUGUGUCUUGUAACUGAAGGAUUUUUUUAGGUAACUAAAUCAUUUAAAAAGGUAUAUCAUCGCAUGUAUUUGGUUGUUUGGUAUAGUGACUCUGGUGUAGUAUAUCAAAUGCAGUAGGAGUAUGAGAAAGCAAUAGCUAUUCCUUAAGAAAACAGCAUUGGAAUUUUUCCUUUAGUUUUGCCUUUAAAAUAAACAUCAGAGUAGAUUCGGCUCGUGUGAAAAAUCCUGAUGAAUUUAUGCCUGUGUUCUGUAACAUUUCAUCAUCCUCUCACACAAGGCCAUAUGUUUUCCCUGGCUUCCUAAACAGGAAGCUUUUGGUUUUGACAGUGUAUUAGAAAAAUGGCAUACAGGUUUACUUUUUAUGUUUUGGCAGUAAAAAUAAUUCUAGGAGUACUACAUUUAUAGAAAAAAAUAGCUUCUGCAUUGUCUCAGCAUUUUUAAUUCCAAAGCUGAAUUCUUCAUGACUGUUCAGACACAUGGCUCAUUAAUGCACUUUUAGUAACUCUUAAUGAUAAUGCAGUUUGUAAAGUUAUUGUAAAGUGAAGUUAGAGUUAAUGUGACAUAACUUUGCAAUUCUGCAAAAUGUGUAACAAAGGGACUAGCAAAGUGACUUCAUCCAUCUGUGGAAUAUUUCAAGGUCACACCUUUAUUGGCUACAAGAUUUCUAACUAAAAAGACAGAGGAUGACAGUACUUACAGUUUGAUAAUGUUUGCUUACUAAGCGUGAAAUGAAAUUUAACAGUGCAGCAUGUCUGCAUUUGUAAAUUUAUUGUGGUUGUUUGGACUUCUUGGAAAAUGAAAUGUCAAGUUAUCACUCUUGGCUUCCAGGAUGUGCUCUUUAGGCCCAGCAGGAAAGUUCACUUUGUAAACUUUCGUUCUUCCAAUAAGUGUGACAAUAAUUUUUUAAAAUUUAUUUCCAAGCAAAACAAAACUCAUGGCAUGACUGCAUCUGAAGUUAGGAUGUGGUAAUACCAGCACAGCUGGGAGCAUCUGAUGCAGCAGCUGCUCAUUAUUAUAGUCCUUGCUACCACCAGGCAUGAUGUUCAGCUCAGUGGGACAAUGAGUGAGGUUAAGCUCUUAAAAGAUUUCUAGAUUGACAUUCUAUAUCAUAGCAGUACAAAAAUUUGUGUCAUCCACACCUGAAUAACUAGUGCAUGAAGCAAUUUGCAGGAAAGACAACUCUAAGAGUAGAAAUUAGGAUGGUCAGUUAUAAAUACCUGAGACACUGUUUUUAAGGGAUUGAGCUCAGACCUAAGGGGAUAUUUUUAAGGAGAAAGAAUUGCAGAAUAGUUUAUUAAGGAAUCUUAAUUGUCAGUCAAUACCAUGUGAUAAUGGUGGUAUUGGUAUAAAAUCAAAAUGGUGUAAAAUCAGGGAGAAUGCAUGAGCAUGUAUACAGAAUUGCUCUAGUGCUUCUGAGCAAACUGUUGAUGGUUGGGUAAUCCAAAUAACAAUAAUUAACAAGUCAGUUUGUAAAAUACACAUCCUGUCUGAAUUUGCAUCUUUUAGAACUGUAGAUGCAUUCUGAGCAUCUAAAAGAGUGAAAAGGUUUCUUGGGAUAUCUGCAAUAGUUACAAAAUUCUUUGGGAUUGUGAAGUUUUAGCUGUGUCAGUUUUGCACACUAACUGAUACUGAUUUAGCUGGUCUGGUGUAAAAUUUCGUUAGUUUUUUCUUUUAUAAUUUUGUUAGUGUUGGUGAAAACGGAGGUCUCUGAAUAUCUUGGUCUCUUGAAUCUCAAGAUGAUUAAUUACAAGCUCUGCCACUUCAUGUAUAUGUCAGGAAAUAGGGAAUUUGCUCUUUGAGCAGUAUACUCAUUUUCUAUGACUUUAAUAAUUAACAAAGAGGAAUGCUAUGUAUUUCUUGAUAUGCACAUUUUUAGUCAUGUGACCAAAUACAUCAUACGGUACAAAAACUCUAGGAGUCGUGAAUUCCCACAUUAUAAUUUGCAUACCAAGAGAGAAGUAAUGUCUGGAGGUAUGGAUGUUACUGAGGAGCACAGGGCCAAGUGUGAGGAUGAAAAUGAUUUUUAAUAAGUGUUGUAAAGUGGAUGUUUUAGGGAUCACUUCUUGAGAACAGCUUGAAAAGCAUUUGUAUUUGCCAUGGAUGAGGAGUGCCACAGAAGAGGAAUGAAGUAAAUCCUGGUGUACAAAGUAGCUCUAAAGAGAAGUUUGAAAAAUCAGACUUAUUUUGUCUCUUCUGAGUGUCAAAAAUGUAAAUUCCAAGUAACCUUUCAUUUGGGAACUAUCAGCUUUCAAAUAGAAGAAACCUCAGCUAUUCUGUUACUUCUGAAAUGUGUGCUGAGGUCAAGUAUCUCAUAGACUUUAUGAGUGAAAUCAGAAUUAUUUGUUUCAGCUUUUAUUGUUACCCUGUAAAGGGUGCAACAUUGAACAAGUGAUUAUAUUUAGUCCCACAAUUUUAUAUGGCAAAGUUGUUAUUGCAAGAGUGAAUUUACAGCAGAAAAUGUCAAACUGUAUAGCAGAAGUAAAUGAAAUUCAGAAGCUUGGGAUGUGAUGCUUUUUUUUUUUUUCCCUUUGGUUUGCCUCUUAACAUUCAAACACAGGAAUGCUGUUCUCAUGGAGGACGGAGCAGACAUUUUUGAAGUCUGUGCAUUUGCUUUGUCUGUAUUUCCUUUGUUAACAUUGUGGCAGCAGCAUUAAGCAGAUUUUCUCUAUUUUUUUGUUUUCUUUUAAUUUUUCUUUUUUCGGUUCCCCUGGAUGGAAAAAGGUGGACUUGAACUGGGAAACAAAUUACAAACUGAGCAGCAGAACUUGUUCUGUGCCCUUGGAAUGGGGACAGAAGGGAAGUGAAACCUCAUACAUAAAGAGGUGUCAGCAGCUCUCAUUUCCCAAACUGCUGUUUGGCGUGAGAGAGAUGAAGUACCACACUAAUGUUCAAUGGGCCUUGCUACUGAGAGCUGGUGGAUGGAAACCUCCAUCCUUCAGUGCUGUGCCCGUGUACUUGGGCCUCAUUACUGUGAGGUUACAUGUGAAGCUGUCCUUUUUGCCUUUCAAGUAUUUUUACUGUUCUUUUUACUUUGUAUGCUUUGCAGUUUCAGACUGUGUAAAGACAACAGGAAUUACUUAAAACUGGAUGUGGAGGGUAUUGAGAGAGAAGGAGAAGGGUUAAUCCAUCUGGGCAACUGGAUUCUUCAUUGCCAUCAUGUUGGCCUGUGCCUCUAGGGCAGUGGAGUCCAGAUGGAUGGUUUAAUUUGCAUAUAUAUUUACAUAGUCUUUUAUUGUAAAUUCCUGUGAUCAUAAUGAGGAAUUUCUCUGUAGUAGUCUUUUCUUGACAGUUAAGCAGAAUUUUCUUCUUAUCAGAGCUCACCUGCAAUAAAAUCUUUCUAUUUAUCUAUUACAUCUUGACCCUCAUAAAACAUGGAGCUCAGGAUACAGCUCAACUUCCUGUAUGCCUGUGGUUUUUCUUCCCAGAGGUGCUUCUCCAUUACUUCAGUUUCAUAGUUGCCUCCAGAUUUUUUGUAUUUUUCCCUUCAGAUUUCUUUCUUGUUACCCAUCUUUUAUUACUUCUAACUGCUCUUGCAGUUUAUUAAACAAAUUACAGAAGUUUCUUGUUGCAAUAAUUGGUUCAUCAGAGAAAUGCAAAAUAGAUGACUGGUGGAUGUUUUCAAUAAUGAAACAUAACAGGGUUUUUACUGCUCUUCACAACUAAAUAUUGAUAAUAGAAGAGGGAGAACACAGCAAAAACUCUCUUACAUGAACUCUUGCAUGUAAAGAGAUGUUGAAUGUUUGAUUCUCCUGUGACUUAAAUCUCACACAACAUAUUCAAAGAGGUCUUCCACUGUCAAUUAACUGUGAAAUCCCACCUUUUGCAACCUUGUUUGAUGGCACGCUAUAGCUCCUGUGGUCUUCAGCCUCAGAAAAUAUUUUGAUGCUUUUGUUUUAAGAACUGCAUUAAGUAUAUUAGCUAGGUAUUUUUGUUCUGGCUAGUUGUAAUUUCAUAAAUUAAUUAUUCAUUCUUUCCAGUGCUCUAUGUGCAUUUUAAUUAUUGUUAGAGUUGAAAUGUGCAGUUGUUAAAGAGUCAAAAAUUAGGGAAAUAUAAUGUUGUUUUUACUCAGGGAGUAGUAAAAACCAUAUCCAUAUUCUAAACUACUUUUUCAUAUGUAUUUCAUAGUUGAUUUGAGAUAUCUUUUGUGCAUAAAACACACAUAAGAUGCAAAAUCUGGGUAGUGUUCCCUCUAGCCAUUUGCUACAUUUCUUUAGAAAGAUGAAAACACCUUUAAUUCAGACUUUCCAAAGAACUGUGUUCUAGUUUUACUAUUUUAAAAUUUCAGUCUUCUCCUUUAACCCUGAAGGGGUUUGACAUAUCGUUGGAAUAGUUCUCUGCUUAGCUUUUCAUGAAGAAUGAUUAUUGGUGUCACAAAAUAUUAAGGAAAUUCAAACUUUUAUUUAUACUUAAUUUUACCUGAGCGGUAUUUCCUUGGUGGUGGUAAAAUUAGCAUUUGUUAAUGCAUAUUUGUAUAUUCUAAUUAGCCACUUACUUAAAGCCAAAUAGGCUAGAAAGAAGAGAAAAAACCAGAAUGUAUGCAAACGGCUUUAGCUGAAUUGAAGGGGGAAAAAAAAAAGUGUUUUUUCCCCUGAAGCAUACAUUCUGCAUGAAAUUCAACUUGACAAGUGACCCUUUCAAAACAGCGCCACAAAGAUUUCUCGGCAUUCUCCAUAUAUGAGAGGCAGCAUUCUUGUAUUGUACACACAAGCACUCCCCCAAUUCCCUCUAAAUGAAAGUAGCCUCUUCCUCUGUCCUUUGUGCUCUAUUUUAUCCUCAUCCCUGUGUUGGCAUUCACAUUUAUGAGCACACUUUUAUGUGAGAAAAUUUUGCAAAAGAGCAAAACCACUGAGGAUGUUAAUACAAAAUAACAUAUAUGAUUAAAUGCAAUAAAGAACUCAAGUUCUUAAUUUUAUUAAUUUCAAAGUUAUGAAAAUGUGUGUGUGUUCACUUGCAAAAAAAAGGAAAAAAGAGGGAAAAGAAAAACUAUUUGGCAGUUAAUUUAAUUUACAGCUAGGUGAUGCAAAAGCUGAACUCCAGCUCUCAAGUCUUGCAUUAAUUUAGGAGCAGAGGACAAAAAUGGUCUAUGAUUCUGUGUGAGCAAUUAAUAGCAAGAAUGUAUGACUUGUGAAAUGGAAUGCAAUGCAUUAAAAUCAGAGCAAACUGAUAAUUUAGCAGUGUAUAACAAGUAUCAGAUUAUAAAAAUAGCAGUAUGGAUCAGCAGUAUUUUAUCACCAUCCAGUUCUCUUGCAGCAACGGUCUAGAGAUAGUGCACUGGUUAUCCUGCAUGUAUAUCAACUGUCAAAUGGGAGAGAUACGCAGUGCAAUAUUUAGUAUGUCCCAUGCCUUCAUAUGUAAUGUUCUUUUCAGAUGUCUUUAGGGAGAGAACAAAACUUGUGUUCAGAAUCUGGCUUGACAGAGGGGUUUUGGGUGGAGCAGUUCUACCUCAGGGGGUGGUGGGCUGCUGCUAGGUACUCCUCACACACAGUAUUGGCUUUGAGCACAGCACUGCUCCUGCGUAUAUGGGCCAUAUGUUCUUACAGAGUGUAGUAGAUUGUUGAUAACAGGUAUUUUAUAAUUUUCAAAUUGAUAAGGUCACAUUUUGCACCAAGAUAUUUAGGGCAACGAGUGGAAAAUUGCAGCCUUGACAUGAGCUAUUGUCGCGUGUGAACAAACAUCCCUUGAAAAACUAGAGAGUCAGACAAAAUGAUACUGUAAGAUAAAAAAGGGGAAUAGUUCCUUUGUUAGUUAUUGCUGGUCUUCAAAAACAAUGACAGCAGGUUAUCAAAGACAUCCCUCAGUUGAAGGAGAACCAGAGAAGAAAUGAUCAUUUCUUCCCUUUGAGGUUUGCUGUACCUUUAUGCUUAGGGGUUUGAGGGAGGUGGGAAAAAACCUGUUUCCUGUAUUCAGCCAGCCUCCAAGAGCUGUUUAUAUUAAUCUUAAUUUUUGUAUUGUCCAUGUAUAAUUCUGUGGGGUUUUUCCACAAGAGUAACCUGAAGCAGGUAGAUCUCUGCAACUGCCAUCCUGUGCUCUCUUACAUAGUUGCCUCCCAAUGAGGGGCAUUGCUUCCCCCAGCAGAAGACUCUUAGGGCUGCCCAGGGAAGCAGAGGGAGAUACAGGAGGGUAGGAGGGUUCAUGUCUAAACUAUUCUUUUAAACACUGAAUAGUGAUUACCAGAGUGCAAAAUACUGCCCCAAACUGUUAAUAUUUGGUGCCCAUUCCAUUCUGUAUUUAUGAUGCAACGCAUUAGGGAGUCUUGCUUCAUAUACAGGCUCUGGUUUCAAAGCAUCAUGUUUGCAAGUCCACUCAAAUGGAAAUACUUGUUAAAUAUUUACCACCAUAGUGGCUUAUCCUUGGAUACCAAGACGUUUUUUCUGCUGCUUUUCCCAAAUACUGGGAAAAGUGCUGUAGAAAAGAAGUAUGUCACUUGAGAAAGUUUACCUUGAUAACUGUAUAGCUAAUUUUGUGCAAAUAAAAUGUUAAAUGCAGAUAUUUUACAUUAUGAGAAACCUAAUCUUUGCUCUGGGUAGGGUAUAAAGACAAGUUAAAGCUUAAAUGAUGACAUCUGUCUUCAAGAAAAUUAUCCAUGGCUGCACAAGCAUUUAUGCUUCAGCUCAACUUUUCAAAAAGGACUGUCUUAUUUAUGUAUGUUUUAUUAUUGCUAUGAGGUCUUUUCCAGUAAGUCACUGACAUGAGAGUGAUCCAGUUUGAUGGAGCUUCUCCUUAACUUAAACAAAUUAAUUAUCAGAGUGGGGUAUGCAAAUAUUAUCUAAUCGGUGCCACUUGGCAACAUUUUUAUUAUGCCAGUCAUGCUGGAGACAGCACGACAAUCCUUGCUUCUUCUAAGAAGUCCCCUUGGAAAUGGCAAUAGAAUGCUUGCUUUGAUUGGAGUAGGCAGAAAGGAUGAACCAAAGAGCUUCAGACAUACUAACAUUGCAACUUCCUGUUGUGACAUUAAAACACCAGAACAUUGAUUGUUCAAAUUCUAAUUCAGAGACAGCUUCAGAAUAUAAACCAACAUCUAAUUUUAUGCCCUCUGGGCAUAAUUAUCCUAUUCUCUUUGUCGUUAAGGAUGAAACUCAUUGUCAUCUAUGGUGUUUUGCAUUUUAAAAAUUUGAAAGGCAGUGUUUGUUUCUUUCUCUGUUUGUCCUAUCCAAACAAUAUACCUUUCUGAAACUGCCGUAUGCCUCUAUUAGUUUCUACUUUUUUAUUUCUUUUCGGGCAGAAGGUUGAAAGAACCAUGUUCAUGUUCAUUAAGAAAUGAGUUCUUCUCCACAAGAAGCUGCAGAAGGAUGAAUCCUGAGCAAUGGGGAAGCAGUAGUUAAGCUGUUUAUUUGGGUUUUUUUUCUAACUACUGUGUUUAUGAAACUGAGUUCUCUGUGUAUACCUUUGAAAGUAGGACUAUGAUUAAAUAUUUACAGGUAUGGCAUGAGGAGUUGCUAAUGAAUGUCUCCAGCAUUUUCAGCAAACAGUAGCAGUGGUAUGUAAUGCAUAUGAAGCAAAAAUUUUUUUUGAGAAAUCUUACUAGUAUAGUAAAGCACUUAAUGCUCUGAUUUGUAUUAAUAUAUAACAACAAUGUCCUCAGUUUAGGUAUUUCCUUCGCUUUAAAUUGCCCCAAAUACCACAGUAUUUUAGGUCAGAGAAAAUCCAAUCAAAAGCUUAGCUUGCUCUAUGUUUGUUUUUUUUUUUAAAUUAUGUAAAAAUUCUGAAAUUAUAUGUGUCUGCUGUUUGCAUUCAUGUAAAAGGAAAUGGCUAUAUGAUUUACAUGCUGCCAGGAUUGUCAGUUCAUGUGUUAGAAACUGUGGGCCUGCUUCUGCAUCUUCAGAGUAGGAGAUGGAACCUGGUCUGUGUAGAUAGUAGUAGGUGAUGGGAUAGAGUGAGGUGCAGCAGAGCUUGAACCCCCCUCUGCUUAGCUGAGGAGAGCUUGUGCUCCCCCACAACCCCUUCAUACUUUACACAGAACAUAGGUGGGAGCUGUUACCAUGAGCACUGGCCAAUAAUACCAUUUGGUGCAUUAUUUUUUGCUUUACUGUAGCAGCCAUAUAGCUGUGUGAUGCACCUCAUGAGCAUGAGAGAGAAGGGGGGGAAGUCCAUUGCACAAGGUAGUAAUGUACUUUCCAAAGGUGAAAAUUUGCCCAGUCUUAGAUUGGUUCUCUCUAGAGAGUGGUCAGGCAGUUGACGUCCUGCACCUGCUGCUUGUGCUGCUACUUCAGAUGAUUUGGUUGCUCCCAUAUCUGCUUAUUUGCUGUAUUUUUCUUGUUAUGGAUUGGCCUGAAGUCUCCCUGGGGUGUGCUGAGGACUAGGGAAACUGCUUCUGCUGCAGCAUGUUGAGGAACAGAGGCACUGGAAAAGGUUGUAUUUACUUAGUAAAAGCCAAGUGUGUCUGCUUAUUCCAGUUUUCAGCUUCCAUUUAGAAGACAGUUUAAAAGCCAGGAAGUUUUACAUUUUCUUCUUUUUAAAAAGCUUUGUAAUUUUUAAUUAAACUUAAUAAUUUAACUUCAUGGAGCAGUGAUGGCUGCAAGACUUCUGUCUUGACUGUUUCUGACACCUACAAACACCUUUUCCACAUCUGUCAGGGAAAGUCCUCAAACAUUCAAACCAACAUUCAAACAAACAAAGUCCUCAAACCAACAUUUCCCUCUCUGAAAAGAGAGUCCUGCCUGUGCUGUAGGCUACAUCUUUGGUCUUCAUGUUUCGUGACAGUAAUGUUUUUGCUGCUUGGUGGCAGAGCGCGGAAGAGAUGCAAGUUGAAAUCUUCAAAACAUACAGUGAUCCCUUCCUAAAGUCCAUAGGUGGAGUUUCAUUGGCUUUUUAAAUUUUGGCAAUAUGCCUGUAAUACUCCUCUAAGGUCUUUACCGUUUGAAAGUUGAAAGCUGUAUGUUAAAAACAGACUUGUAAUGAAACACAACCUCCUUAUAGAAGUUUCACUAAAAAUAGUUCUGGUGGUGCCUGGGGGGUGUUCAUCAGCUAGCGACAGCGACUGCUUUUUCACAGCGGGCAAGCAGGGCUGGUGAGGUCAAGAAGGAUGAGUCUGUAUUCCUGUGGGGAGCUUGGCAGGAGCAUCCAGGGAUUUUUGAGCUUUUACAGAUAAAAUGAGUGUGAGUUUGUGACAAUAUUGUUUUAAAAUACCUGAAAAGCUGCAACAAUCCAGCUCCAUCUCACUGUGUGUGUGUGUUUUAGGAUCCUCAGGUAUCAGGUCUAGUUGACAUCUACUUAUAACUUUCACAUGUUUCAAAACUAGAAAAUCCCAACUUAAUACUGAUUAAUCUAUGCAUUCUUCUUUUGAAACAGAAUUGAUAAGUUACAAUCCUGGCUUUUGCUUUACUUCUUCUUUUCUUUUUUUGAAAACAUUGCCCUGGUUUACUCUUUGCAAAAUGACUCACUGAAAUGUCUGCAUUACCAGAAACUAAUCCCUGCUCUGCAUGCUCUUCCUUUUCUAGAUGAUGAACCUGUAAAAUCUGUUUUACAGGAAGACUUUCUGACUUCCUUAUGCUCUUAAGUGCAAAAUGGUAUCUCUUGGGAGCCUGGAUGCAAGUGACCAUGUUCAGCACAUAGUUUGACUGAGGUGACUGCUUGAUCCCUGACUUGUGCCAACAGACAGAAGUAGUCCUGCUGGACUAGAGACUUCCUGGGCUUGUGGAAAUGUGAGGACCAUAAAAAGCCCCUGAUAGAUGUCAGCAUGUUAGGAUUCGAGCAGUCACUGCUUUUGUUUGUGUGUGGGAGGGAAACUUCAUCAGAAACACGGAUGAAAUUCCAGCCUUAUCUUAGGGAAUGCAUGUGGGUUUCAGGCAUGCAGCGAGAGAAGAGAGCAGUGCCUUUUCAGACUUCUUGUUUCUCUCAUCCUGUGCAAAGGAUAUUCUGCCGCACCCUAAUUUUAAAGUUUUUUGGACUCUGCUGGGAUUUGAAAUGAGUAUUGUCAUAGUGUGCUUGUGAUGUCGCUUCCUUUGUUUGCCUAUUGCCAUAUGCCCUGGCCAGCUCUGUAGGAGACCUGUCUGGAGUGCCUUUUAAUGUUUAGAUCUAGCAGUGAUUAGAAUACACUAAUGCCCAGUGGGUAUAUGUGUCAUUUUUUAACAGCUGCCGAGCUUUCUCCCUGCUGCUCCAAUUAACACAUUCGGCGCACACUUGCCGGUGAGUGGGCUGUGUGUAUGGAUUAAACCACUUUGCUAUUUAUUCAUCCAGUGUAUGAGAUGCCAGAAAUGGAUUGGCGUGUUUCCUGUUCUCACAACAAAUAAAAUCAAACGUGCACCUGAGCCUUUGCCUGGGUAGAUAUGAGGGCGGCAUUUAACUGGCGAAUGGAAACCUGUUUUGCCGUGAGAUAUGGUUCAGUCCAUUGACUAACAUCUAUCCCCGCCUCCCAGCCCCUCUUCAAAUGAUGGAGACACAGGAUAGGGAGCUCUCAGUGCUGGGCUUCCCCUUGCUGACAAGCAGGUCUCUUCAACUUUGUCCUCUGCUGCUUAAUAACAGCUUGAAAUCCUGAAAUUCUCCUUUUGCUUCAAUGCUUUCCUCCUUUAUUUAUUUUCAGGUUGAAAUAUUCCAGUCAGUAGAUUUGAUAAAGUGUGUCUCUGUGUGUGUUCCUUUUUUUUAAAAAAAAAGGGAAAACAAUAUGCUUCCUAGUCACAGCUGAGAUAAGGGAGGGGUUGUUUAAUGGUAGCGGAGCGGCUGGUGGGGGCUGCAGCUCUGCUCCGGUGCUUGCGGUUGAUUCAUGCUGGGACAGCUCUUUGUGAAGCAGAGGGCGAAGGGGGCUGCCGGCUGGGGCUGUGAGUGAGGAAGGAGAUGGAGCGCUUCUUGGGCUUUGUCAAGCAGAUAAGAAGAUCAAGAAGAAGGAAAGGCAAAAAGUACCGGCCAGAGGAGGAUUACCACGAGGGCUAUGAGGAUGUCUACUAUUAUGCCUCAGAACAUUUUCGAAAUGAGAGUCCUUACACAAAAUCUGCAAACCAGGCAAAGGCACCUGAUGGAGCACUGUCUGUGAGGAGACAGAGUAUUCCAGAGGAAUUCAAGGGCUCAACAAUAGUUGAAUUAAUGAAAAAAGAAGGCACCACCCUAGGGCUCACGGUAUCGGGUGGUAUCGACAAGGAUGGGAAACCAAGAGUAUCUAACCUUCGUCAAGGAGGAAUCGCUGCUAGGAGUGACCAGCUGGAUGUAGGGGACUACAUCAAAUCUGUGAAUGGAAUCAACCUGACCAAAUUUCGCCACGAUGAGAUCAUCAGCCUGCUCAAGAAUGUUGGUGAAAGGGUUGUGUUAGAAGUGGAGUAUGAGCUGCCUCCAGUCUCUGUACAAGGAUCAGGUCUCAUCUUUAGAACUGUGGAAGUUACUUUACAUAAAGAGGGGAACACUUUUGGAUUUGUAAUAAGAGGUGGAGCACACGAUGACAGAAAUAAAUCUCGUCCUGUAGUAAUAACAUGUGUCAGACCUGGAGGGCCUGCUGACAGAGAGGGCACAAUCAAACCUGGGGACAGGCUGCUGAGUGUUGAUGGGAUCCGACUGUUGGGAACAACACAUGCUGAGGCCAUGAGCAUUCUCAAGCAGUGUGGGCAGGAGGCGACUCUGCUGGUUGAGUACGAUGUCUCAGUGAUGGAUUCAGUAGCAACAGCUUCUGGGCCACUGCUAGUUGAAGUUGCCAAAACUCCUGGUGCUGCUCUUGGGGUUGCACUAUCUACCUCGAUGUGCUGCAACAAACAGGUCAUUGUCAUAGACAAAAUCAAAUCUGCAAGUAUUGCAGACAGAUGUGGUGCAUUACAUGUAGGAGACCAUAUUCUGUCCAUUGAUGGCACCAGCAUGGAGUACUGUACACUGGCGGAAGCAACGCAGUUUUUGGCUAAUGCAGCUGAUAAUGUCAAACUGGAGAUCCUUCCGCACCACCAGACACGGCUAGCACUGAAAGGCCCAGAGCACGUGAAAGUUGAAAGAAGCAACAGGCAACUUACCUGGGACUCGUGUGCCAACAGCCACAGCAGCCUCCUCACCUACCACCAUUAUAACACCUACCACCCUGACCAUUGCAGGAUGCCAGCCUUGAAAUUCCAGAAAGCGCCUCCUCAAAAAAGCCUUCCAGCUCUGGUGUCUUCAUCCUUCUCUCCUACCUCCAUGAGUGCAUACAGCCUGAGUUCCCUGAACAUGGGGACCUUACCUCGCAGCCUCUACUCCACCAGCCCACGUGGGACAAUGAUGAGGCGGAGGAUGAAAAAGAAGGACUUCAAAAGCUCCUUGUCUUUAGCCUCUAGCACUGUUGGUUUGGCUGGGCAGGUCGUCCACACAGAAACCACAGAAGUGGUGCUGACAGCUGACCCCAUGGUGGGGUUUGGGAUACAGCUCCAGGGUAGCGUGUUCACUACCGAGACCUUGUCCUCUCCACCUCUCAUUUCCUACAUUGAGGCUGACAGUCCAGCAGAAAGGUGUGGGGUGCUGCAAAUAGGAGACAGAAUAGUGUCAAUAAAUGGUGUCCCAACAGAAGACAGCACAUUUGAUGAGGCCAAUCAACUGCUCAGAGACUCCUCUAUCACCAACAAGGUCACUUUGGAAAUAGAAUUUGAUGUUGCAGAAUCAGUUAUACCAAGCAGUGGAACAUUUCAUGUGAAACUACCAAAGAAGCAUAAUGUGGAACUUGGCAUCACCAUAAGUUCUCCAUCAAGUAGAAAACCAGGGGACCCUCUGGUUAUUUCUGAUAUCAAGAAAGGAAGUGUUGCUCACAGAACUGGGACACUCGAACUGGGUGAUAAGUUGCUGGCAAUAGAUAAUAUCCGACUUGACAACUGCUCAAUGGAAGAUGCUGUCCAGAUCCUUCAGCACUGCGAGGACCUUGUAAAGUUGAAGAUCCGCAAAGACGAAGAUAACUCCGAUGAACAGGAGAGCUCUGGAGCAAUUAUUUAUACUGUUGAGCUCAAGCGCUAUGGUGGGCCUCUUGGAAUUACAAUCUCUGGUACUGAAGAGCCCUUUGAUCCCAUAAUCAUUUCCAGCCUUACGAAAGGAGGAUUAGCUGAAAGGACUGGGGCAAUUCACAUAGGAGACAGAAUCCUAGCAAUAAAUAGUAGCAGUCUGAAAGGAAAACCUUUGAGUGAAGCCAUUCAUUUGUUACAGAUGGCAGGAGAAACUGUCACCUUGAAAAUCAAGAAGCAAACAGAUGCUACCAGUCCCAAGAAAUUUUCUGUGCCUGUGGGUCACGUGAGUGAGCUGAGUGAUGCUGAAGAUGAAAGCUCUGCUGCACAGAAAUCUGGCAAGCUCUCGGACAUCUAUUCCACUACAGUCCCAAGUGUCGACAGCGCAGUAGAGUCAUGGGAUGGCUCUGGUAUUGAUACCAGCUUUGGAAAUCAAGGACACACCUAUCAGGCUUCAGGAUACAACUUCAAUGCCUAUGAAUGGAGGAGUCCCAAGCAGGGCAGUUUGUCCCCUCCAGGCAAACCACGGAACCACCCAUUCCAUGAUCCAGGGCUGAGUGACGACGAGUGGGACCGACCUGCAGCAAGCAGCACAGCUUCCAAGAAUAUGUGGCAACAGAAGGAGACUGAGACAUUGGGAGAGAAUCAAGAAAACCAUUUAAAACAAACGUCCAUAGAAAGAUCAGGUGGAGAGAGCAUCAGGAACGUGAAGAAAGAGGGAAAGAUGUGGAAAGGUGCCUCUGGAGGGCAAAGGAAAGGUGGGGGACAGCUGGAAGAGUGGAAUACUUCCAGCUUCACAGGUACCCAUGAUAACACCGAGGCUGACCAGGAGGAAAAUUUCUGGUCUCAGGCUCUGGAGGAUUUAGAGACCUGUGGCCAGUCAGGAAUUCUGAGGGAACUAGAGGCCACAAUCAUGUCAGGAAGUACAAUGAGUUUGAAUCAUGAGAACCCACAACCUCGUAACCAGCUGGGAAGACAAGCCAGCUUCCAGGAAAGAAGUUCUGUAAGGCCACAUUACAGUCAAGCUACUCGUAGCAACACAUUGCCGUCAGAUGUGGGGAGAAAGUCCAUGGUUCUGAGAAAAUUUAAGCAAGAAAUGAAAGAAAUCAUGUCACCAACUCCUGUGGAGUUACACAAGGUAACUUUGUACAAGGACUCUGACGGAGAGGACUUUGGGUUCAGUGUCUCAGAUGGUUUAUUGGAAAAAGGAGUGUACGUUAAAAACAUUCGACCAGCUGGCCCUGGUGAUCUGGGAGGGUUAAAACCGUAUGACAGACUUCUACAGGUAAACCACGUUCGCACCAGAGACUUUGACUGCUGUUUGGUUGUGCCCCUCAUCGCAGAAUCUGGCAAUAAGCUGGAACUGGUCAUUAGCAGAAACCCCCUGGCAUCUCAGAAAGGAAGCUCAGAACAGCACACUUCAGGGAGUGGGGAGUGGAGCGACCCGAAUGCUGCCUUCCUUCAGCAGAGCGGACACACCAGUGUCAGCACGGAGACACGGGAUCCUACAAAUACCUUAUAGCAGAAACCACUGGAGCGGGACAUUUGGUAACAAAAGACAAUUAUGGUGCUAAAUCCAUUCAAGAUUGCUCUGAGAUUGAGGCUCAGAUGCUGUACAGCACUGAAAAGCACAGGAGGUCAGUUGGUCUGUCUCAAGGCUUCUAUUAAUCCACGGUUACUUGGGAAAUAGUUUCAUUCUUCAUUAAGUCAAGUCAUUUUCCAUUUUAAGCAAUCUAGGAUUAGUAACAGUAAAAAAAAAAAACAAAACACAUAAGGGCCUUUUUUUUCCCCAAAUAAGAAACUGGGGAGAUGUUUUAAACAUGAUAUAAAUGUUCUUCUCCCUUCAGCAUCAGCAGCUGUUGAUGGGAAAAACAUGGAGUUAACCCCUGCUAACAAACAGUAGUGUCCAGGUUACACUGUUUUUACAAAUCCUUUUAUGAGGAAGGUGCUGCUGUGUGAUGGACAAGGCAGAGUGGUUUACUGCACUGGGUUUUCCUGGGAAAUGGCUACAUCUCUGAUUUUGGAAACCUUUAUUCGCUGGCGAGAAGGGUGCACUCAUUAGACAAAGCAGGGUUUAGAUGUUAUAACAAAAUGCUUGCAGGAAGCUGCAGUUUGCAUUGAACAUUGCUCCCCACUUAGCAAACUUUGUUAGAACAUAUGUUAUUCCCUAUGCAAUGAAAUAUUUAAUGGUAUGUCUUGCAACCUGUGGGGAUUUUUAAGCAGAGACUUUUUUAGUGGGAUAAAACCUCUGACGAGGGAUUACUGAAAAGAGUGAAACUGAAAUGAGUUCAGACAAAUUAGAAAGGUUUUUUUAAAAGAAAAUGGCUUUUUUUAAAUUAUGUCAGUGGAGAUUGAUACAAAAGCUCUUUAAUGAUCCACAAACCUGUAAACUUGUACUGUCACACAUGAGCUUUUUAAUCAGUUUCUUGAAGGAAGAAAGGUCCUAUUUAAUAUGCUUUGUUUUCAGCCUUCUUUAUGAUAAACAUUACCCCCUGCAACACAUUUUUAGAAUAUAAAAUUGUAAAUAUAUUUUACAAACACAUCACACAAAUUGUCUCCUCUCCCCUCUUCCCCCAAGCAAUAAAAUACUGCCAGUUGCUUUAUAUGCUCACCAGCAGCUGCAUUGGUUUAUUCUGGUAUUCAAGUUGUUAUUGGUAAUUAUUGUUAUUGGUGAAUAUAAAGAUACUGGAUUUGUAAAUUUGUAGAGUCUCCAUAUCUAAGCAAUCACCUUACAGAGUUGUUUCUGGUCAAUUUAAACUGUUUAAUGUAUCCCUGUUGCUGUUUCCAGUACAUAAACAAGCUCACCUGCCCUGCACACACACAAGUAUCUCUGAUUUCUAUUUCAGCACUGCCAGAAAAGGUCAGAAUGACAUUAUAGGCUGAAUCAUGUAAAAAAUAAUAAAAAAAAAGAACAAAACAAAAACUCCAAGGUUCAUGAGUCACUUAAAUAUGUAUUUUUAUUUGUAACAAAUAAGUAUUAAACUGUAAAGUAUUUUUGUACAAAUUUAAUACUUUAAUAGCAUGAUAUUUAUCGUCUAUGUUAUGUUUUUUGAAAUUCAAACUGUUGCAAAUAUUUGUAUGGAAAAACUGUAUAAAUUAAAAUAAACAGUGAUUUGAAGACAUUAAAAA